UCUUUGACUCUUAGGCCAACUACGUGCGUCUGAAAGCCCAAGAAGGGAAAAUGGGGGAGGGGGCGUGUCGCCCGCUACCACGGGUUUCUGUCCCUGGAAGGCUGGGGGAGGCUGGGGGAGGCGCUGGAUGAGCUUCCUCAGUCCAGCUGCAGCCGACCUAGGUCCCAGUCCUGCCCUUUGCUCUCCUGCUUUCCACUGAGUCCCGAGGCUCUAGAGGGUGGGCGUGAGAGUGGCCCUAGCGGGGAGGCUCGGAGGUCCUCCCGGGCUGUUCAGACGGCCCCAAGCGGUAGCCACGUUCUGAUACUGGCCAGAAGCCAGGGGAGGGAGCUUGGGGUAAGGGGAGGGCCCUGAGGGAGGGGUCAGACGCUUUAGGAAAGAGUUAAUGCGAAGAGGGGGAGGGGAUAGGACGGAGAAACCGAAGGGAAGCCUCAGGGCCGCCAACUUCCAGCUGCAGCGGCGACUUUCAGUUUCAUUUCCGCGGACCCUCCUGCCUGGGCCGCAGCCGCCGCCGCGAUGCCCAGUAAGUUCAGCUGCCGGCAGCUCCGGGAGGCGGGCCAGUGUUUCGAGAGUUUCCUGGUCGUUCGAGGACUGGACAUGGAGACAGAUCGCGAGCGGCUGCGGACCAUUUAUAACCGCGACUUCAAGAUCAGCUUUGGGACCCCCGCCCCUGGCUUCUCCUCCAUGCUGUAUGGAAUGAAGAUUGCAAAUCUGGCCUACGUCACCAAGACUCGGGUCAGGUUCUUCAGACUCGACCGCUGGGCCGACGUGCGGUUGCCAGAAAAGAGGAGAAUGAAGCUGGGGUCAGAUAUCAGCAAACACCACAAGUCACUGCUAGCCAAGAUCUUCUAUGACAGGUCUGAGUAUCUUCACGGGAAACACGGGGUGGAUGUGGAAGUCCAGGGGCCCCAUGAAGCCCGAGACGGGCAGCUCCUCAUCCGCCUGGAUUUGAACCGCAAAGAGGUGCUGACCCUGAGGCUUCGGAAUGGCGGAACCCAGUCUGUCACCCUCACUCACCUCUUCCCACUCUGCCGGACACCCCAGUUUGCUUUCUACAAUGAAGACCAGGAGCUGCCCUGUCCACUGGGCCCCGGUGAAUGCUAUGAACUCCAUGUCCAUUGUAAGACCAGCUUUGUGGGCUACUUCCCAGCCACAGUGCUCUGGGAGCUGCUGGGACCUGGGGAGUCGGGUUCAGAAGGAGCCGGCACAUUCUACAUUGCCCGCUUCUUGGCUGCCGUCGCUCACAGCCCCCUGGCUGCACAGCUGAAGCCCGUGACUCCCUUCAAGCGGACCCGGAUCACCGGGAACCCUGUGGUGACCAACCGGGUAGAGGAAGGAGAGAGACCUGACCGCGGUAAAGGCUACGACCUGGAGUUAAGUAUGGCGCUGGGGACAUACUACCCACCUCCCCGCCUCAGGCAGCUGCUCCCCAUGCUUCUUCAGGGAAGAAGUAUCUUCACUGCCCCUAAGGAGAUCGCUGAGAUCAAGGCCCAGCUGGAGACAGCCCUGAAGUGGAGGAACUAUGAGGUGAAGCUGCGGCUGCUGCUGCACCUGGAGGAGCUGCAGAUGGAGCAUGAUAUCCGGCACUAUGACCUGGAGUCGGUGCCCAUGACCUGGGACCCCGUGGACCAGAACCCCAGGCUGCUCACGCUGGAGGUUCCUGGGGUGACCGAGAGCCGCCCCUCAGUGCUACGGGGUGACCACCUGUUUGCCAUUUUGUCUUCGGAGACACACCAGGAGGACCCCAUCACUUAUAAGGGCUUUGUGCACAAGGUGGAAUUGGACCGUGUCAAGCUGAGCUUUUCCAUGAGCCUCCUGAGCCGCUUCGUAGAUGGGCUGACCUUCAAGGUGAACUUCACCUUCAACCGCCAACCCCUGCGAGUCCAGCACCGCGCCCUGGAGCUGACAGGGCGCUGGCUGCUUUGGCCCAUGCUCUUUCCUGUGGCAUCUCGAGACGUCCCGCUGCUGCCCUCGGAUGUGAAACUCAAGCUGUACGACCGGAGUCUGGAGUCAAACCCAGAACAGUUGCAGGCCAUGAGGCACAUUGUUAUGGGCACCACCCGUCCAGCUCCCUACAUCAUCUUUGGGCCUCCAGGCACCGGCAAGACCGUCACAUUAGUGGAGGCCAUUAAGCAGGUGGUGAAGCACUUGCCCAAAGCCCACAUCCUGGCCUGCGCUCCAUCCAACUCAGGGGCCGACCUCCUCUGUCAGAGGCUCCGGGUCCACCUUCCCAGCUCCAUCUACCGCCUCCUGGCCCCCAGCAGGGACAUCCGCAUGGUACCUGAGGACAUUAAGCCCUGCUGCAACUGGGAUGCAAAGAAGGGGGAGUAUGUUUUUCCCGCCAAGAAGAAGCUGCAGGAAUACCGGGUCUUAAUUACCACCCUCAUCACGGCUGGCAGGUUGGUCUCGGCCCAGUUUCCCAUUGAUCACUUCACACACAUCUUCAUCGAUGAGGCUGGCCACUGCAUGGAGCCUGAGAGUCUGGUAGCUAUAGCAGGGCUGAUGGAAGUAAAGGAGACAGGCAAUCCAGGAGGGCAGCUGGUGCUGGCAGGAGACCCUCGGCAGCUGGGGCCUGUGCUGCGUUCCCCACUGACCCAGAAGCAUGGGCUGGGGUACUCACUGCUGGAGCGGCUGCUCACCUAUAACUCCCUGUACAAGAAGGGCCCUGAUGGCUAUGACCCCCAGUUCAUAACCAAGCUGCUACGAAACUACAGGUCUCAUCCCACCAUCCUGGACAUUCCUAACCAGCUCUAUUAUGAAGGGGAGCUGCAGGCCUGUGCUGACGUUGUUGAUCGAGAACGCUUCUGCCGCUGGGCAGGCCUGCCUCGACAGGGCUUUCCCAUCAUCUUUCAUGGCGUAAUGGGCAAAGAUGAGCGUGAGGGCAAUAGCCCAUCCUUCUUCAACCCUGAAGAGGCUGCCACAGUGACUUCUUACCUGAAGCUGCUCCUGGCCCCCUCCUCCAAGAAGGGCAAAGCCCGCCUGAGCCCCCGAAGCGUGGGCGUCAUCUCCCCAUACCGGAAACAGGUGGAGAAAAUCCGUUACUGCAUCACCAAACUUGACAGGGAGCUUCGAGGACUGGAUGACAUCAAGGACUUGAAGGUGGGUUCCGUGGAAGAAUUCCAAGGCCAAGAACGAAGUGUCAUCCUCAUCUCCACCGUGCGAAGCAGCCAGAACUUUGUGCAGCUGGAUCUGGACUUCAACCUGGGUUUCCUGAAGAACCCCAAGAGGUUCAAUGUCGCUGUGACCCGGGCCAAGGCCCUGCUCAUCGUGGUGGGCAACCCCCUUCUCCUGGGCCAUGACCCCGACUGGAAAGUAUUCCUGGAGUUCUGUAAAGAAAACGGGGGGUAUACCGGGUGUCCCUUCCCUGCCAAACUGGACCUGCAACAGGGACAGAAUUUACUGCAAGGUCUGAGCAAGCUCAGCCCCUCUACCUCAGGGCCCCACGGACACGACUGCCUCCCCCAGGAGCGGGAGGGUGAAGGGGGCCUGUCCCUGCAAGUGGAGCCUGAGUGGAGGAAUGAGCUCUGAAGACACAGCACCCAGCCUUCUCACACCAGCCAAGCCUUAACUGCCUGCCUGCCCCUGAACCAGAACCCAGCUGAGCUGCCCCUCCAAGGGACAGGAGGACUGGGGGAGGGAGUUUACAACCCAAGCCAUUCCACCCCCUCCCCUAUUGGGGAGAAUGACACAUCAAGCUGCUAACAAUGGGGGGAGGGGGGAGGAAGAAAACUCUGAAAACAAAAUCUUGUUCUAUGCAAAA